UAGUGGGGUCUGCAUAGAUUCACUUGAACACACCAAAAGAGAGUUACUGCUCACAGGAGGAGCAGCUCAGCACACACUUGGAUCUCUUCAAGAAGAGAAGACAAGCUCAGUGAUACAUUUGAAGACUAUCAUCAAGAGGCAACUGAUCUGAAAAGAUUAUAUUCAAGAUGCCUGCCGCUGGAACUGUCAUGGAGGACGAAGUGGAGACCUUCGCCUUCCAGGCUGAGAUCGCUCAGCUGAUGUCCCUGAUCAUCAACACCUUCUACUCAAACAAAGAGAUCUUCCUCAGGGAGCUCAUCUCCAACUCCUCAGAUGCCUUGGACAAAAUCCGAUAUGAGAGCUUGACAGACCCCAGCAGACUUGAGACCUGCAAGGACCUGAAGAUCGAAAUCAGGCCCGACGAGCUCUCUCGCACCCUGACCAUGGUUGACACGGGCAUCGGCAUGACCAAGGCCGACCUGAUCAACAACCUGGGAACCAUCGCCAAGUCUGGCACCAAGGCCUUCAUGGAGGCUCUGCAGGCCGGAGCCGACAUCUCCAUGAUCGGUCAGUUCGGUGUGGGUUUCUACUCGGCCUACCUCGUGGCCGACAAGGUGACGGUGAUAACCAAGCACAACGAUGACGAGCAGUACAUUUGGCAGUCUGCGGCUGGAGGCUCCUUCACAGUCAAAGUUGACACUGGAGAGCCCAUCGGCAGAGGCACCAAAGUGAUCCUUCACCUCAAAGAAGAUCAGACGGAAUACUGUGAGGAGAAGCGCGUCAAGGAAGUUGUGAAGAAGCACUCUCAGUUCAUUGGCUACCCUAUUACACUUUAUGUGGCGAAAACGAGGGAGAAGGAAGUGGACCUUGAAGAGGGAGAAAAGGAGGAGGAAGUCGAGAAGGAUGCCGCCGAGGACAAGGACAAACCUAAGAUUGAGGACGUGGGCUCCGACGAAGACGAGGACACAAAGGAGAGCAAGAACAAGAGGAAGAAGAAGGUCAAGGAGAAGUACAUCGAUGCCCAGGAGCUGAACAAGACAAAGCCCAUCUGGACCCGUAACCCUGAUGACAUCACCAACGAAGAGUAUGGCGAGUUCUACAAGAGUCUGACCAACGAUUGGGAGGACCACCUUGCUGUCAAGCAUUUCUCAGUGGAGGGCCAGCUGGAGUUCCGUGCCUUGCUCUUCGUACCCAGAAGGGCGUCCUUCGACCUCUUUGAGAACAAGAAAAAGAAGAACAACAUCAAGCUGUACGUGCGCAGGGUCUUCAUCAUGGACAACUGCGAUGAGCUCAUCCCAGAGUACCUCAAUUUCAUCAAGGGUGUGGUGGACUCUGAGGAUCUGCCCCUGAACAUCUCCAGGGAGAUGCUGCAGCAGAGCAAGAUCCUGAAAGUCAUCCGCAAGAACCUGGUCAAGAAGUGCCUGGAACUCUUCACCGAACUGUCCGAGGACAAGGAAAACUACAAGAAGUGCUACGAGCAGUUCUCCAAGAACAUCAAGCUUGGCAUCCAUGAAGACUCUCAGAACAGGAAGAAGCUGUCUGAGAUGCUGCGCUACUUCACCUCGACCUCUGGAGAUGAGGUGGUUUCCCUGAAGGACUAUGUUUCACGCAUGAAGGACAACCAGAAACACAUCUACUACAUCACAGGUGAGACCAAAGACCAGGUGGCCAACUCUGCCUUCGUGGAGCGCCUUCGCAAAGCCGGCCUCGAGGUCAUUUACAUGAUCGAGCCCAUCGACGAGUACUGUGUCCAGCAGCUGAAGGAGUAUGAUGGCAAGAACCUGGUCUCGGUGACCAAGGAAGGCCUGGAGCUGCCCGAGGACGAGGACAACCUGAAGAAGCAGGAGGAGCUCAAAAACAAAUUUGAGAACAUUUGCAAGAUCAUGAAGGACAUCCUGGACAAGAAGAUUGAAAAGGUCACGGUCUCCAACCGCCUGGUCUCUUCCCCCUGCUGCAUCGUCACCAGCACCUACGGCUGGACCGCCAACAUGGAGAGGAUCAUGAAGUCUCAGGCCCUGAGGGACAACUCCACCAUGGGUUACAUGACGGCCAAGAAGCACCUCGAGAUCAACCCUCUGCAUCCGAUCGUUGAGACCUUGAGGGUGAAGGCGGAGGCCGACAAGAACGACAAGGCCGUGAAAGACCUGGUCAUCCUUCUGUUCGAGACCGCCCUGCUCUCUUCAGGAUUCACUCUGGAGGACCCACAGACGCAUGCCAACCGCAUCUACAGAAUGAUCAAGCUGGGUCUUGGCGUCGACGAUGACGAUUCUACAGUCGAGGACCUCACUCACCCUGCCGAGGAAGAUAUGCCAGUCUUGGAAGGAGACGAGGACACAUCAAGAAUGGAGGAAGUUGACUAAAAAUACUGAAUGACUCUUUCCUGCUUUCUUGUUUUUGUAAUUGUGUUACUUCUUCAAAUAGACAUGUCACUCUGACACAACUACCCUUAGUCAAUACAGCUUAUUUAAUGGUAUAAAUGUCGGCCACGGUGUGGCUUUGUCUAUCAAGCUGCUCAUCUACAACUACUGACAACCAUUAAGAGUAAUAUAAAGUCACUGAAUUUGACUUGAUGUCUCUUUUUGUAAUAACUACAUU